UGUGUUGAAUUCUUGGAAAAUCAUCAGUUGCUAGUAAGUCGUUGUAGCGGUAAAAUCGUUAGAAAACCUUUACGCUUAGUAUAAUUUGCGUAAGGCAAAAAGUUUCAGUGACAAUUUCUUGCACCUUUUUGAUCCACAAAAACCGUAAAAUGUCUGAAGAAGAAAGUACUAAAGAAAAUGUGGAAAAUGAUAAUGGAUUGACAGAUGUCGAUUCGAUAAUCACCACAUCGGGGGACGGAGUUUCCACUGCCAUAGCUGGUCAUCCUACUGACUUUGUGGUAAACGCUUCCGAUUGCAAGGGAAAUGUAAAAUGUGGUCUGUAUGUUGCAUUCGAUGGACCUGAGAAACCGCAGAUUGAAUUUGAGCAUUUAAAAGAUGGAAAUAUAUGUGUCACAUAUCUGCCUAGCGUUGCUGGAGAGUACACUCUGACGGUGAAAUAUAACGGCAGACAUGUUCGCGGCAGUCCGUUCAAUACAGUCGUUAUUUGUCAUGGCGUCCCAUGCGUUAAGUCGGUAAGCCGGAAACGGAACAUUGUAAGGAAGAUCAAACUUACCGGACUGCAAGUAGUACCCGUUAAUGAAAAAGCUGAACUCUAUCUUGAUAUAUCACAUGCUGAAAUGAAUUUUGACGGUGAGCUAAUGGUUGACAUUACCGGCCCGAUGCUUCCACACUACACAACUGCGGAGAACAGUAAAGGAAUCGUUACAUUGGCGUAUAAACCAACGAAAAAAGGCGAAUAUGAAUUUACGCUCAGAUUCCAUGGUGAACACGUACCCAACUCUCCAUACACUGUUAUAGUCGAAUAAUAAACAUUUUACGUCAUUGUGAUGUGUAAAAUAAAUAGUAUUUUCUAGGUGGAGUGGGUAGAGUGUUUUACUUCGUUUUAACGGAAUUGUCGAAUGUAUACGCAGCUGUCAAAACAAACUUAGUGUUCAUCCAAUAGUGCUACUUUUUAAUUGAUUUUUUUGGCUUUUAAAUAAGAUUUAUGAUU